UUGCGACACUGCUGUGGUACUGAAGGAACACCAUAUUUUCCAGCAAAAGCACAGUGAUAGCAGUGAAUAGAAUAUUUUACUACAUCCUUUCGCAACAGCACUGCAUGCAGUAUGAUGUCCUCAAGCUGCAAUUGAGUAUAGCAACAAAUAGAAUACCAUGCUGCAUGUAAUGACAUGAUCUUGACUUUGGUUCCUAUUUUCUUAGCCUUCUUUUAUCCUUUAUGAAAACAAGGCAAAGUGUAACUGUUAGAAAAUAGUUUUAUUAUUGAUGGGCAAUGUGAAUUUUUUCAGUGAUGCUGGGAGGAGGCUCUUUGAUAGUUCUAUUUGAAAAAAAGAAAGCUUUGAUACAUACUCUGUGUACUGUCAUCUGUUUCAUCUGGUUGGAAUAUUCUGAUAAUGAGUGGAUAGAUGGUAGUGAAAAUAUUUCCCUGCCAAAAACAGACAAAAAGAACCUGCAUACUUCUGAAUGUACCUGCGUUUCUAGGAGUUUUAAUCCUUGCUGUAUAGUACAUUGUAAAUAUAUCAAAACUUUGUACAAGUAGCCAGAAUAUAAGUACAUCAGCAGUUACUAAUAUGUGUGUUUUUUGAGUGUAUGGCUCUGCUUUGAUCUGCUAAUUCUCCAACAUGUUUCUUUUGGUCGUCUUUGUCUUCCCACGUUUGUAUCCCAAGGGCUGGAGUUGAAAGUUAAUAGUUUGGAUUUUGGUAAAAUAGGAGUUGUAGCUCUGAAUUCUUCAUCAUUCUGAAGAGAAAAUUAUCUGGUUAAACACAGUUGCUGUAUGAGAUUAUUUUCUAAGCCAGUCUGUGAAUUAAUAUUUGCAUAUGCCCUUAUAGAAAAAUAAUUUUUGUUUAAAUACUUAUCAUAUGCACUCUGUUGUAAGUCUUGGAAUUGCAGACGCUUGAGCACCUGAGGAUCUUCACAUUGUUACCUAAGCAUUUCUAGGGGCACAAAUACAGAUUAUUUUAACUAUUUUUUUUUCCCUAAUAGUUUACAUUGUUUUAAUUUAUUUCACUUCCUUUUUGCAGGCAUCCUGAUCUUGAUACAACUCCUCAUCUAAGGCAAGCAGGUAAGCCUCCAGAUCCAGGACCAGGUUUAAGUAAAAGCAGAACAGUAGAUGUGCUGAAGACAGAACAACGAGCACCUGGACGGAGUCCCUCUUCUAUAAGUCUAAGGGAAUCAAAGUCCAGGACUGAUUUUAAAGAAGAGCAGAAGCCAAGUAUGAUGCCCAGUUUUCUUUCAGAAGCCAAUCCAUUGAGCGCAGUCACUUCAGUUGUGAAUAAAUUCAAUCCUUUUGAUUUGAUAUCAGAUUCAGAUGCAGCCCAUGAGGAAGUUGGUAGGAAACAAAAGGUUACCCAGAAAGAGCAGGGGAAACCUGAUGAGCAGAGGGGUCUUGCAAAACAUCCAUCUCAGCAACAGUCUCCGAAGCUAGUUCAACAACAAGGACCUGUCAAACCUACCCCUCAGCAAACUGAGUCUUCCAAACCAGUGCCUCAGCAGCAGCAAUCUGGGGAACCAAAGCAAGUUCAGAAAUCAGGCCCUGGUCACCCAGGAGACUCUAAGGUUGAACAAGCGAAACAACCACCCCAGCCACGUGGACCACAAAAAUCUCAACUCCAACAAUCAGAACCAACAAAGCCUAGUCAGCCUGCAAAAACUUCAGCAGGCCCCACAAAGCCAUUGCCGCAGCAACCAGAUAGUGCUAAAACAUCAUCCCAGGCACCACCUCCCACAAAACCAUCAUCACAACAGUCAGGACCUGUAAAACAACCAUCUCAACAGCCGGCAAGGCAAGGAGGUCCUGUAAAGCCAUCUGCCCAGCAAGCAGGGCCUCCUAAACAGCAACCUGGAUCUGAGAAGCCAACUGCUCAGCAGACAGGACCUGCAAAACAACCACUGCAGCCUGUACCUGGGAAGCCACCUCUGCAGCAAACAGGGCCUGUAAAACAAGUACCACCACAGGCAGGGCCUACAAAACCAUCUUCUCAGACUGCAGGUGCCACAAAGUCCUUAGCACAACAACCAGGACUUACAAAGCCACCAGGCCAGCAACCAGGGUCUGAAAAGCCCUUGCAGCAAAAACAAGCCAGCACUGCCCAGCCUGUGGAAUCCACCCCAAAGAAAACCUUCUGUCCUCUUUGCACUACCACUGAGCUGCUGCUGCACACGCCAGAGAAGGCCAAUUACAACACAUGCACACAGUGUCAUACUGUAGUCUGCAGUCUGUGCGGAUUUAAUCCUAACCCUCAUAUUACAGAGAUUAAAGAAUGGCUCUGUUUAAAUUGCCAGAUGCAAAGAGCGUUAGGUGGGGACCUAGCAUCAGGUCACGGUUCUGGGCCACAGCUGCCUCCACCCAAACAGAAGACAUCAGUUCCACCUUCAACAGCUAAACCUUCCCCUCAGUCACAGCCAGGUCAAAAGAAGGAUGGUUCCCCGAAACCUGAUCCUUCGCAGCAAGCAGAUUCUAAAAAGCCUGUACCACAGAAAAAGCAACCAUCCAUGCCUGAGUCUCCUCCUGUAAAAUCAAAGCAAGCCCACGCUGAGCCUUCUGACACUGGCCAGCAAAUAGAUUCUACUCCAAAGUCUGAUCAGGCCAAACCAAUGCAGGCUGAAGAGAAGCAAAACCAACCCAGCAUACAGAAGCCUACAAUGGAUACUGUGCCUACCUCUGCAGCACCAGGGGUGAAACAGGAUCUGGCAGAUCCCCGGCUUCCAUCAACUCAACAGAAAGUGACAGAUUCUCCAAAGCCAGAGACUACCAAGCCACCAGCAGACACGCAUCCAGCUGGGGACAAACCAGAUUCCAAACCAAUUCCACAAGUGUCUCGGCAGAAAUCAGAUCCCAAGCUUGCAUCUCAGUCUGGGGCUAAAUCAGAUGCUAAAGCUCAGAAGCCUGUUGAGCCAGCACAGGUGAAAGAUGAUCCUAAGAAGGUACAAACAAAACCAGCCCCAAAACCUGACACCAAACCAACUCCCAAAGGCCCUCAGGCAGGUACAGGUCCCAGACCUAUGUCAGCACAGACAGCAGCUCAACCCCAGCAGCCUCAGAAAACUCCUGAGCAAUCCAGGCGUUUCAGCCUUAAUCUUGGAGGCAUCACUGAUGCUCCUAAGCCUCAGCCUACAACACCACAGGAAACAGUUACUGGGAAACUUUUUGGUUUUGGAGCUUCAAUCUUCAGCCAGGCCUCAAGUUUAAUUUCCACAGCUGGUCAACCAGGCUCACAGACAUCAGGCCCCACUCCACCUGCUGCAAAGCAGCCCCAGCCUCCUUCACAGCCUCCAGCCCCUCAGGCACUUCCCAAAGAGGUGACUCAGGCUCAGCCCCUUCCAAAAGCUGCUCCCACGAAGAAAGAAACCAAGCCUCUGGCGAGUGAAAAAUUGGAACCGAUGACUGUGGAUAGCACUUUAACGACUAAGGGAUCUGAUUUAGAAAAGAAAACUAGUUUGGCUAAAGAUAGCAAGCCUCAGGCUGCUGAAGCUAAGAAACCUGCUGAGCUGUCAGAACAGGAAAAAGCCAGCCAGCCUAAGGUGUCCUGUCCCCUUUGUAAAACUGGACUAAAUAUUGGUUCUAAGGAUCCUCCCAACUUUAAUACGUGUACGGAGUGCAAGAAAGUUGUGUGUAACCUCUGUGGAUUUAACCCAAUGCCACACAUAGCUGAGGUAAGGCGAUAGUCUGUAUUUACUGUGUUUCUACCAGCAGGCUCCCUGUGCUGGGGUGUCGAUUCUUUAGCUGUUGAUUUGUUAAGAAAAAUUUAAAUGUUUACUCUGUGACCUUUUAAAAUUAAAUAUCUGCUUUGUAUGAAACUUGGUCCGCAGUCAGAAAGUACUUCCAGUGAGUUUUUUGCAUAUUAAUAGUGUGGUGUGGCUAGUUGAUAGUUUUUUGGGGCAUGAGCAGAUAGUCUAUUAUUAAAUCUUCUAAAAUUGGUGCUACUAUUGUACAGCAAGCUUCUGUACUUUCUAGUCCAUCAUGUGAUAAAGUUUCUUCAUAUGCUUCAGUAUUUUAUGUUAACAUAUAUCCUUCCUCAUUUAAUCCAUGUUCCUGAUUCAGGCAAUUGCAGAAUGAAGGAAUAUAUUAGUGCUUAGUUAUUUCCCUUCUUCCCCAGUUUGAUAGGCUUGCUCAGUUAACCUCAUUCUGUCUCUGGGGACUUUGUAUAUGCUGUUGUGCUCAUUAGCAAGUUUACCUGUGUGGUAAUACGUGUAAGGUUCUGAAUCCACUUCAUUCACUGAGGGCUGAGAAUUUGAAGAUGGCUUUUUUGUGGUUGCUCAAGAGAGAUCCAGCAGGGCCAACUUCUGUUUACAAGAAUUAAGCUUAUUUUCAACAGAUUACUCAGAUUCUAUGUUUUUACCCUGCUUAAUUUAUUUCUUAUAAUUGUUUUUAUAAAUGUUGAGGAGAUUGGAAAAUUUAUACUAGCUUAAUGGAAAGAUGGAAGCUUUCUAUAUCAUGUUGGUGACUUGACAAUUGUAAAAAUAUUUGUAAUUUAAAUUUGUAAGUUGGUCUGUGUGGUUCGUGGGAAAAGUAGCUGCUGGUGUUGUUUUUGAAAUCUGAAUGAAUGAAUUAAAAAUGGGCAAAAUCCCUGGGCUAAGGGUUAUAAAAUCUCUGCCCUAAGGUGAGAGCAAAUGCUGGGGAGAAAUUAGCAGUAUUUUCCCUGCUACUUCUUUUGUUGUACAUUUCCUUUUUUGUUGGAUUAAUUUCUUGAAUGUGCUAUCAGUGGAAGGAUGUUUUUCCUACCAUAGUAAGAACAUUUUAUCUACCUCAAAAAUAUGUUGAUUACUGUCCAAAGUAGUCAUUUAGGUCAAAACAAAGGUCUGAAAAUGCAAAAAGAUACAGUGAUUGAAAGACAGGAUUCCAUUAAAUUGUUGCUUCUGCCAUGAAAACCAUCAAAUGCACACAAAUUCUUACAUCACUGUCCAGCCUUUUGCUCCCACACACGCUUUAUCUUAGGUUUUAAAUACAAAAAAUGCGUGCAUGCACAGAAUACCACAGAAACAAGAUGUGUAUGUUCUGGUGAAAUGUACUGAAAUGACAACUGUGCAAGUCCUCGUACAUGAGUUGACUUCCUCAGCAUUGAUUUAGGCUAGAUGGUGUUGGGACUGCAUUGUGGUUUGCAGAUUUCUCUUCUGUGUAUUUCUGCUAGAGAUGAGAAAGGUGGUAUUCUGUUUCUUUUCUCCAAUCUCAGUUACUACUAUGGGAUUCUUCUCAUUUCAAUUUUUUGGAAUAAUAAUGAUUUUCUGUAGUCUGACUUCCUUAGGCCUUUCUUUGCCUUAUUUUUUUUUCCUUGUUGCAUUUUCUUCUUUCUUAUACUACAGAUUUCCACCUCUGUCCACAAUUUUCAAUCUUCUUUUCUCUAAUGAUUUUCACUAAAAAUUGGCAACCCUCUCUUCUUUGAGAGCAGCUUGCUUGGUUGAGGACAGCUUGCCUUUCAUUUCAUGAAGAUGGGAGACAGAAGAGGGAGCUCAUCCUUUCCUCUCCCACAUGAUCUGUGCAAAUAAUGUAUUUUAUGUCAGAGAGCAACUCUGUCCAUACAUGCAUUGCAUAUGGUAUAUGUCUGUUGUAUAUCAUAAUGAUGACCAAAUACUUUAUGCUCACUAGCAUACUCUUAUCCUUCAGAAAACUAUUUUCUUAUGUGUGGAAUACAGUCUUGGAGGCUUAAUUUACUUGUUAUUUUUACAGACUUAGGAAGGAUAAAUAGAAAUGUUUUUUCUGAAUGGUCCGGUCUGGUUUUAUUCCUGUUUUCUGAAUUCAAAAAGAAAAAAUGUUAUAGGUUAUGUUCCUUCCUGACCCCAGAACGUGUUUUGGAUGUACAAAUGUAAUGGGUGCUUUACAGUCUUGUUGUAGAGUCACAGCUAAAUCACAGUGAUUGUAACAGCUGCUUGUAUAUUAUUUAUAUAUUGUUGCCUAAGUAACAGCUGAAAACAGGAUGAAUUUUAUUGAGUGUGUAUUGGUCCAAACCUUGUCACUAACAAAGCUUGUGUUGAGCUGUAUGGAAAGAAUCAGUCUGAUUCAGCAUGGAGACGUGUGUUUCAAGGGUGGAUGCAGAGGAGGAUCUAUACUCUGUGGUCACUUCUACCUGAGGAACUUCUGUCAAGAAAUGUCCUCUAGGCAGUGCAUGGCUGUGCUGCAGACAAGGCUGCAAGUACUUUAAAGCAGAGAAUGCACUUUGUUACAGUGAGUUACUAGCUCUUGCUUGCGUAUAACAGAUUUAACUUGUAAAAUUUCUUUAGUCCAUUGCAAACAGACUUUUGAUAGCCUCUCUUCUGCAGGAAAUAAGAGAACUAGACUUUUAUCUGAUCUAAGCAAUAUGCUAUUUACUUCACUGAAAUUGCAUUGGUUUGUGCGAGCUGAGAAUUAAGCUAGAAUACUUUUACCUAAAAGGAGCCGAUUGUUCCUUUUCCCUCUGAUUUGUUGCUCCAACAGUCAAACAGUUAUUUACUUAAAUGCAAUUUAUCCAUGAAGCAAACAGCUUCAGAUGAUUAAAUAAAUGACACUUGAUAGAUUUCAGACCCACAGGACCAUGUGCUCUAAUGCAUUAACAGACUCCUUAUUCUGCCAUUUGCUCAACAGGGAGGAGCACUGUUUACCAGCUCUGUAAUUAGCUUUCCAGCUCAGGUAGUUGGAAGCAGCCCUAUUUUUAGUAACAAAGCACAGGAUCACAACUGCAGAAGCUAGAAAUGAAUUGUGUGACAACGACCAUUUUGUGCAUUUAAAACUCAGUGAAGCUGUUUAGAAUACUGAACAGAAGUGAGAUGGUUGAUAAUUAAGUAUGUUGAGACAUCAGGAAUAUAGAACCUAUGAUGAGUUAAUGUAUAAUUA